GCUCCACCUGGGUGCGGCGAGGAAAUUGCACCAUGUAUGGGCAGCUACGUCAGAGGGGGCGGACCCGCCUCUGUGGCUGGGGGAUACCAAGUCCUCCUCUUUCCCCACGGAAAGGCGGCUACCCGACUGUAGGAGGCGUCGAAAAGUUCGGGGCGGACUGGCAAAAAUCAGCGCAUCUGAGAGGCGGAGCUCUGAGGUGACCCGAGCCUCGCGCAACGCCCCCCACCCCCAGUCGAAGUGGUUCAGCCCGAGGACUUCAUUCAUAAAAAGAAAAGACUCCGUGAGGAGCGAGUGAGUCAGAAUCCAAGCCGCCGACGCGGACCCCACAGAGCAGCCAGCCCAGGGCAUGUUCCGAGACUUCGGGGAACCCGGACCCAGCUCCGGGGCCGGUGGUGCGUACGGCGGCCCGGCGCAGCCUCCCGCUACAGGCCAGCAGAAAUUCCACCUCGUGCCAAGCAUCAACGCUGUGAGUGGCAGCCAGGAGCUGCAGUGGAUGGUUCAGCCUCACUUCCUGGGACCCAGCAGCUACCCUAGGCCUCUGGCUUAUCCCCAGUACAGCCACCCAGUACAGUCCCCCCGGCCAGGAGUCAUCCGGGCCCUGGGGCCACCUCCAGGGGUGCGUCGACGUCCCUGUGAACAGCCCGGAGGAGGAGGAGCGCCGUCGAGUGAGGCGCGAGCGAAACAAGCUGGCCGCGGCCAAGUGCAGGAACCGGAGGAAGGAACUGACCGACUUCCUGCAGGCGGUGAGCACCAGCCGGAGACCGACAAACUAGAGGACGAGAAAUCGGGGCUGCAGCGGGAGAUUGAGGAGCUGCAGAAGCAGAAAGAGCGGCUGGAGUUAGUGCUCGAAGCCCACCGCCCCAUCUGCAAAAUCCCGGAAGGGGCUAGGGAGAGCAACACUGGCGGCACAGGCGGCACCAGCGGUACCAGCGGUACCAGCGGCACCAACAGCCCACCAGCCUCCUCCCGCCCUGUGCCUUGUAUCUCCCUUUCCCCGAGGCCUGUGCUUGAACCUGAAGCAUUGCACACCCCCACACUCAUGACCACCCCCUCUCUGACUCCUUUCACCUCCAAUCUGGUCUUCACCUACCCCAGCACCCCUGAGCCCUGUGGCUCAGCCCACCGCAGGAGUAGCAGCAGUAGUGGGGACCCAUCCUCUGACCCCCUUGGCUCCCCCACUCUCCUGGCCUUAUGAGGCACCCCAGCCCUCCUCCUUGUGGGUGCCCCCUAGCCAACAUCUUCUCAUCCAUUGGUCCAGCUGGCCUGGGCCAUAUUCCAUGCCCAACCCCAGCAGGUUCUUCUCCAUCCCUCCAGAUGAGACUGAGCAUAUUUUGCUUCCUGGUAGAGCUAGCUUGGGACCACCAAAGCUGCCCACUGUUUUAGAGCUGGCCUCUCUAGCACAAUUUGCACUAAAUCAGAGACAAAAUAUUUCCCAUUUGUGCAGAACUCCUGGCAGCCCCAAAGGACUUUGUAGAUCCCUAGAGGUCCUCUGGAGCCCUAACCCCCUCCGGACCACCCCUGUAGUCGUCAUAUCCCUCUUCCUGUGAUCCACACAACCCUACCCCUUGACAGGUGAUAUGCUACCAGCCUAGAACACUAACUCACCCAGCCCCACUGCCAGCAGGACCAGGUGAUUGAACCAGGGCAUUUUGCCUGCCUCUCCUGAAUGGCACAGCUCCAGUGUCAGAGGAUUCUGUGAUGAGCUGACUUCCAGCUCCCAGCUCUGAGAAGACUUUAGCUCCAGGGAAUCCAAGCCUCCACCACAAGGGCAGCUGCUAUUUAUUUUCCUAAAGAGUAUUUUUAUACAAACCUGCCAAAAUGGAAUAAAAGGCUUGAAGCUCUG